AUGCGACUUCCAUGCAGUCAUCUUCUCACACCAGACAUACCGCAACAUCAAUAUCUCGACCUUCCAUCCUUCUCGUUUCUUAUUGAUCACUCUGGAUCACAGCGGAAAAUUCUGUUUGAUCUCGGCCUCAGAAAAGAUGCCUUAAGUCACCCUCCAGCUGUCCGAAACUUUCUUGCCGAGUCUGGCUGGGACUUGCAAGUAACAAAAGAUAUUCCGGAAAUCCUGAAGGAAGGCCAUCUAUCCCAAGACGAUAUUGAGGCUGUAGUCUUCAGCCACCACCAUUUCGACCAUUUGGGUGAUUUGAGUCAGUUUCCUCCAAGUACUGAAGUCGUUGUCGGCCCUGGCUUCAAAAACGCUUAUUUGCCCGGGUGGCCUGUGGAUCCCGAAUCAUCUUUGAUUGACGAAGAGUGGAAAAAUCAUCAAAUUCGGGAGAUAUCUUUCGAUCAUGGGCCAAAGAGCCUCUUGAUUGGUGGAUUUCCAGCUUUUGAUUACUUUGGGGAUGGAAGCUUCUUUCUACUUGAUGCACCAGGGCAUACAAUCGGGCAUCUAGCUGCUCUUGCACGGGUGUCUCAGGCAACAAACUCAUCUACAGAAGGCCAGAGAGAUAAAUUUGUGCUCAUUGGCGGGGAUAUUUGCCAUUAUCCGGGUACUUUUCGCCCCACAAUACAUUCACCUUUAGACCCUGAGGGCCAAGCUGCUUUGUGCGCCUGUCCAGCGUCUUUCUUCCUCGAUAUCCACCCCGAGAAGAGUUGCGAGAAGCCAUACUACAAGAUGCCAGCGCAUUGUACAGUGGAUAAAGAUUCUGCUCAGCUUUCAAUCCAGAAGCUUUGCGAAUUCGACGCAAAUGAAGAUGUUCUAGUAAUUAUUGGCCACGACGCGUCUUUAAUUGAAAAGAUAGAUUUCUUCCCCAAAACCAUCAAUGCGUGGGACCGAGAGUCAAAGGAUAAUAUACAGUGGGCAUUUUUGGAGGACUUUUUGCAAGGCAGCUAUUGA